CCUGAGUCCCCGCCCACCACCAGUCACGUGGGACGCUAAGAUGGCUGUACUGAGACGUGCGGCCGAGUCCGACCUGAGUGCGGGUGCGGGGCCGGUGGGACCCGAGGAAGCGCGAAAGGAUCUCAAGAUAGCAACAUUCACACAUGACCAGCACAGUCUUUCUUUAGGAGAUGCAAAACACAAAAGACCAACAGUCAUUGAAUUCUUAGAAAAGAAAUUUCAAGGUCUUAUAGAAGAAAGAUCUUUCAAUAAUUCAGUGUUCUUAGGAACAACCGCUGGCUUCAAUGGAAUAUUGGCAAAUAUUAUUCUCAGAAGCAGCUUCAAGGUUCAGCACGAAUCUUUGAAGACAUAUGCAUCAGUGACAGCACUUCCAUUUUUGUCUACUAUCAUGACUUACGAGCUCUUUGUAACUAAUGCUUUACAUUCAGGUAAUAUAAGUUUGGAAAAUUGUGUUCUGAGAAGUUCACUGGUUAGCAUGGUAUGUGGAGUUUUGUAUCCUGCUGCCUUGGCUUUUUCUAAAAAUGGUCGUCUGGCAGUCAAGUAUCACACUGUCCCACUGCCACCAAGAGGAAGGGUUAUACUUUAUUGGGUGUCACUUUGUCAAGCACAGAUAAAAGUAAUGACAUUUCCUCUAGUCUUUCAAACGUUCUUUGGAAUAAUAAAUGGUCUAAAUCAGUAUGAAUCAUUUAAAAGUAAAGCUCAUAAAACUGUACAUAAAGAUUAGCCAAAGAUUAAAAAGAUAUUAAAUUAGAAGAAUGAACCUUUUUAUGAUGAGAGAGAACUCAUGUAUUACUGAAGGAGUUAAAAGUAACUCUGAACAAUAUAUUUCUGUUCCUUUUGCCUGGUAUGUAACAGAUAUUCGAUAAUAAUUCAGUAAAUGUUACUUUGUCUUUUCUUCAUUGUAUGUGAAAAUGGGUUGAAAGGUCAUAAGACAUGAUAUACUUCUGUUUUCAUUCAUUCAUUAAACAUUUACUGAACACUCA